UGAUGUAUUCCAAAUUAAUCAUUCAGAGCUGCUGGUACUGCUACCUGAGCAAAUGACAUGCUUCUAAUUAGGACUGUAUGUUCUACUCAGUUUGGACUACCCGUGCUCCGCAGACUUAGGAACUCUGCAGAGCGCCUGUGGUCUGGACAGCAGUUCUUGUUGAUGUUUGGGAGGAUGACAGAGCACUGAGUGUCCCUUCAAAAACACCAUUCUGAGUGGGAAAGCAAUCCAGACACACAGGAGACAAAAUGGUUGCGUGUACUGGCAUCCAGUUGAGAUCACCACAGAUGUAGAACUACAGCCUCUUCCUGACAUCACCUGUAGUCAUAAUUUACUCAUAGAAAACUCACUCCCUAAUUCAACCAUGUAUGAGCUCUGUAGAAUGUUUAUCCUGGAGUUCAAAUACCAAAUAUUUUCCAUCUACUUUGCUUUUCAUACUUACCUGAAUGAGCUACAAAUGGUAUGAACUGCAGUCAGAUGCAUGGGGAAGGCUAGCACAAGUCCUGUGAAUUGCAGUGCUGCUGAUCUUUUGCAAUUCUAGAUAACUAUUGCUGGCAUGCUCAGAUACACUGGACCUUUCAGGAUUCAGCCCUAGAGUAGCUGUCAGAGUGAGUUACAACAAUUUAAUUCUUGAGAAAAAUCUAGUAAAACCUCUUCCUGAGGGCUACGUAAUAUUUUGUGAUCCCUGUUAUCUCAUUGCCUGUCAAAAGGUAGAGGUACAUCAGAACAAGGCUGUCCUGUUCAUUCCUGUCUCGAUGCCCUCGUUUGCUAUUCAACAGCAUAGCACUACAGUUAUUCGUGCUAUUAUUCUGACUUGUCAGUUCAGGUGGCUCACUUUUUGUCCUAUGGGUGAGUAAUCCAGGUCUUGACAAGACCGUUUUAUUUCCUUGUAAGCAUGUUCUUCCUUGAAAUGUUCCUCAAUCUUUCUAUGGGAAAUGACAAAAUCAGCCUAGUAUAGAACACAUAUGGUGUGCCUCUAAAGGGUGAUAGGAAACGAUAGGAACAUAUUUUUCUUACGCACUUUAUCCUAAACUAAACUUCCAUUCUUUUUGCUCAGGAAUACUCAAAAGGCAAGGAAAAAAUUGCAGUGCUUUAUUGCUAUGUCCUACUUUCUCCUUCACAGAAAUGGACCAUGACACAAAUUAAUCAUUCCCUGCAUGAAGAUUAUACAGAAAAAAAAGCAUGGUGAUCCUGUUUUGCCUGAUGACCAAAAGGAAAAUAAAAUGCCUAAAAAUAAUUCCUUUUCCCGUUUUCCAGCAAGCUCCUUCAGCAAAUACUUUGGAGGAAAAAGACUGUCUGACAGACAAUGAAAAGCAUCUUGAAAGUUCGGCAUCCAGCGUAGAAACCAUCCUGUCAGCAGGUUUCUAAUCUUUAAAGCUAGCACCUGUUAGCUUAAGCGUCCAUAAAUGUAGCUGUCCAAAGAACUAAAGAAGAAAUCUUUACCCACAUAGCCAGAACUAAACAUAUGGAGCCCCCUAGAAAUUAAACUCCCUACCCUGAAUGGAAUUUAGAAACAAUGAAGUGACUAGACCCACAGGAAGAGCAGGUACCAUCGUGAACAUAGCCAGUGCAUCUUAAAAUACAAAGACCCUUAACAGACACCUAAAAUACAAUAGACAGCAGAUCUUAUCAAAUGCAUCUCCAGCACCAUAUGGAAUUAAAAAACCACACAUUGCAAUUCCUCCUUAGGGAGGUAAAAAAAAUGUAUUUUUCUGCUACAAUAUCAGAUUCCAAACUACAGGUCUACUAGUACAAAUUACGAUGAAGCACUUCAAUCUGAUCAGGAACUCUAAGGUUAGUACAUCCCAGAGAAAAGGAGACCUGAUAGUAGAACUGCUUCUCUUUUCACACGCUUAAAAAUACCCUUCUCACCCUGGCCCAAACUUGUUCCAAAUAGGAGGCAAGAAGUCAGCUCUUCUUCGCUACCGUGCUCUGAGCUCUCAGACUCUCUCACUUGUUUCUAGACCAUUGGACUGCUCCGUCUGAAAGGCGGCAGGUCAGCACAGUACCCAAAGCACCAUUACAACCACAGUGCUUUACCCACUAGAGCUCAGAAAGUAGCUUCUGGUCAGUAAUCCCAAGUCCUUGGCCUCAGAGCUGCUCUCAGCCACACAUGAAGGGAGAGGAGCACUUUUAAGUUUGACCCUUUCAGUUAGAAGCUUCUAAAGAGCAGCUCUCUCUCACUUAGACUGACUUCUCUUAGAUGCUGUUGCCAAUUUCAUAGGGAGGCACCUCAUUCUCAGUCCUGAGUCUGGGUAACACAGAUGCUUCCAUCUUUGACCUAGACCUGGACUCCUGAAGAACAUACCUAGCUUGACAUGUGCAUAACAUCGUAGUUUCCAAGCCACUUGGGGAACUGGUCAGUACUGGCCUGCUGUAUGGAAGAGAACUGGAGAUUCACCACUGCUAGGAAGGACUCAUCAAAAGCCUAGAAAGCCACCAGAAUGAGAAAUUCCCAGAAACACCACAAGUCACAUAAAUUGAAAGGUGCACAUCUGACCCAUCUUCAAAACUUGGAAGCAUGUGUAGGACAAAUCUGAACUGUAUGAGAUUGUUUUUGCUCCAACUCUCAUCCAGCAUAUCAACAGAGAGGUACACCUCUUGCUGGUCCAUCAAGUUACACAGUCUCUCCUUUGAUCUGUUCUACACAAUUAAGAAACUGUUUUGUAACAAAAUGAGGUAUCUUGAGUUCUAGUGCUUCAAGCAUUCGGAAAAUCAAGCCAAACAAGCAAACAAAAAGCCCUAUUUUCAUCUCUCAACUGAUGUAACUUUAAACUAAGUAGAAUCAGUCACUGAGCAAGAAGUUCUUAAACUCAGACCUCAAAACCACAAGACAACCCUACUGAGAUGGACUAGGGCUCCCGAAGCAGCUACUUCUGUUCCACUGAACUGGCUGUCAAAAAUGAAAGGAGGGGGAAAAAACCAACAAACCCUAAAGAAAAAAUCGUCAGAAUGAAGAGGAAAAAACUUUAGAUCAAAAGCAAAUACAGUUCAAUUGCAGUGCACAAAAAAUGCACGCACAGGUGUGGUUCCGCCCCGUUCUGGGUUCCGUCCGUGGUCUCCCAGGUCCAUUGAUCUCUGUGGAACCACCAUGAGGUCACAAUGAGUCACUGUUGCAUUGAUGUUAGCACAUUCACACUGGCAGUCCUUGCCUGGACUCUGAUCUCGCAGGUUGUCUGCAGCCUUCAAGCAGCAUUUGGUGACGUGAAGGCUAAUUUCCAGCAGUUAGAGUGAGCAGUGAGCAGUGAAUUCUCAAAGCGGGGAUUACCUGUCCAAGGUAAUUACCUGUCUUCCGCCUCCUCACAAGUCAGAGGAGCAGCUGAAGCAGCUGAGAUAUUUGAGCCAGGUAGGCAGCCGUGUGGCAUUCACUUUCCUUCUGUUCCCACCAAAAUCUUGUAAAGCAUAAGAAAGGACAGUUUGGACAUUAACAGAGAUUUGGUUAAUAAUUUCAGAAAAUGGGAUUCCCAAAGUGAGGGAAAAGGUGGGAGAUGAGAAGUGCCACGAUGCUCUGACAAGUCUUACUGGCUCAUGGGACUGCACCCAAAGCAAAAGGCUGCUAUGUUUCAGGGUCUAUUUGUCCUGGGCUUUGACUUCUUUGAACCUAGACUCAGCCACUUAAAUAUGGUCUCAUGAUGAAUCAGGGUGGGGUGGCCUUAUGUUCUUCACUUCUGAAGGAUGCCACAGCCUGGAGACAGCAAUGUAUCCUUUGGGUCUGCCUCGAAUGGGAGUGUGGACUUUCAGAGUUCCAUUGUUGCUCUUUCCAGGUGAGCCAAGACAUUCUCCAGAAUGGCCUCUGGAUUCCAGGGCAGAGGAGCGGAACCUCGCACUCGACUGCUGGCCAGAGAGGCAGAGAAACCUCUUACUCUGACCCCCUCUGCCUUCCAGAAGGAGAUGUCUCUCACCACCAAGCAGAGGCUGGCCAGAGCUAAGAAGUUGCGUCUGCCUCCAAUUGUCCAGCGUCUGCCUCCAAUUGUCCAGCGUCUGCCUCCAAUUGGCCAGCCUCAAGACAAGCAUGAGAGCUCCCAUCACGAGGUCUCAGCAGCUGGCCCAAAGCAGAGCAUACUUCUGCCUUGCCCACCAGAGGUGGUGUUUCAGAAUUACACCCCUGGGGAGGUCUAUGAAGUACCAGUGGUUCUGAGGAACAGGGACAAGGUUCCUCAUCUGGUGAAGGUCACCUUGGAGAGCUCACUUUAUUUCCAGCUGGUGGGCCCCAAUGAUGCUUUCCGCAAGGUGCCACCGGGCCUCUUUACGACUGUCCGCAUCGUCUUCACCCCUGGGCAGAACAAGGAUUAUUUCCACCGGCUCCUCUGCAUCACUGAAAUGGAAGAGUUCAUUGUGCCAAUUCGGGCCAUUGGUACCCGAGCCCUCCUGGAUUUCCCUGACCAGCUGGACUUCUCGCAGUGCCCCGUCAAGUACAGCACCGAGAAGACACUGCUGGUUCGCAAUACUGGUAACCGGGAAGCUCAUUACCAGCUGAGCACCCAGAGCCCUUUCUCUGUCAUUCCGGCCAUGGGAACUCUGGGCGUGGGCGACAGCAUGCAGGUGACAGUGGAAUUUCUGCCACUGAGGACUGGUGACUUCUCCGCGUCCCUUGUCGUGCACUACGACACAGGUGAAGACACCCACACAAGCCUUCUUGGAAGAGCUGUGGAUUUGCACAUCAAGCUGGACAGGAAUACUGUGACACUUGAGGAGACGUACAUCACACUGUCAAACCGCGCAACCGUGCUCAUCCACAACCUGAGUGAUAUCACAGCGUGCUUCCAGUGGAAGGCUGUCGGUACUCAGGGAGAGGAGGAUCAGCUGAAACUCAGGCAGUAUCACAGGCUGUGUCAGCAGAAAAAGGACGAGUUGUCUGAUUUUCUGAAGGAGUGUGAAGUGGACAUCACUGGCCAAGAACGCUUUGCUCUUCUCACCCGCAGCCUCCAGAGUGAGAGGGCAAAGGUGAGAGAAGAUGCCAUGCUGUUCUGCAAUGACAUUUUCUCCCUUGAGCCAAAGGAGGGUGAGAUCAGGCCGCAUUGCUCGGCUGAAAUCAGCGUGUUCUUUAAGCCCCAGGAGGCCCGGGUCUAUAAGCAAGCAGUUUACUGCGACAUCUCAGGUCGUGAGAACAGGCUGCCACUGCACCUCACAGGGGAAGGCCUCGGGCCCCAGCUCCGCUUCAGCUUUGAGGAACUGCAUGUCGUCGGGGUUUUGGUCAGAGCAACCCACAGAUAUGAGGCCACCCUGUUCAACAAGGGGCCUAUUAAGGCUCCCUUCAGCCUCCUCCCUCCAACCACAGCCAUGGGCUCCUGCUUCACCUUCCUGCCUCAGGAGGGCAUCGUGGCACCGGGCAGUCUCCAGGCCAUCCAGAUCUUCUUCUGUCCCACCAUGCUGGGGGAGUUCCAGGAAGAAUUCCGGUUCCAUGUGACUGGAUCCCCUAAACCCGUGACCUUGACUAUCAGGGGCUGCGUCAAGGGACCGACUUUCCAUUUUAAUGUGCCCGCCCUCCACUUUGGCGACGUCUCCUUUGGUUUUCCUCACACCUUGGAGUGUCGCCUGUUUAACACCUCCCUGGCACACAUGGCUGUCAACCUCCGCAUUGCUGGGGAUGGCUCAGGAGAGCUCAGCGUUGACAGCUUUACUCAGAUGCAGAGAGACAGUAACCAGUCUUGGAGGAAGGAAGCUCGAGGUCCUCUGGAGCCAAGGGAAUUUGCCAUAAAACCCAGCACAACUGUCAUCCGUGCCCUGGGAUGGCAGGACCUCAAGAUCACCCUGUGUUCCAACACGGUGAGAGAGUACAAGCUGGAGCUGGUGGUGGACGUGGUUGGUGUUGGCAAUAGGUGGUUGGCACUGCCCCUCACAGCCAGAUGCGUCGUUCCUGCACUGCGAGUGCUCAACCCUGUCAUGAGUUUAGGAUACUGCUUGCUAAAGUUUCCCCGCGAGGAGAAGCUGACCCUUGUGAAUGACAGCGACUUUCCUGGCUGCUACCGUCUUCUCUCUCAGGAACACAAGGAGGAGGCCACUGCAUGGUUCUCCAGCUCUAUGCCAUCUGGGAUUAUCGAGGCUCACAGCUCGGUGGAGAUCCCAAUUACACUUGAGGCCCAGCAGCUGAGAGAGUGCAACGCCACUGCUGAGAUCGCUGUGUUUGGGAGACAAGGAUCCCCACUGGAAAUCCAUUUAGAGUGCUAUGGCUAUGGACCGUUUCUCAAAGUCCAUCCGAAGGAGAUAAACUUUGGCACUAUCCAAGCCUUGAAAGACAAGUCCAAAAUUCUCCACCUUGAGAAUGUGACUGAAGUUCCUGCACACUUCCGGAUAGAGAUGGCUAGGAAACGCUCAUGCUGGAGGACUGAACCCAGUGAAGGAGUGAUCCUCCCUAAUUCUGAGGUGUUGGUGACUGUCACAGCAAACCUGAAUGACAUGAAGAAAUUCAAGGACAAGGUGAAGGUGUUCCUUGAGAACACAUUGAUCCGAGUGCACAUCAUCCCUGUCCAGGCUGUGGGCAUUGGCACCACAAUUGUCAUCGACAAACCUCUGGAUUCAGGGCUCGACUUCAAGUCCCACUUUAGCUUCACUCCCUGCUGUUACCAGUUCAAAGUGACGAACAAAGGACGCCGCAUCCAUUGGCUGUACUGGAGCACAGAAAGUUUCAGCACCUCUGGGCAGAGCACUCGUCGCCCUGCCCGCCGUGGCACCAAGAGUAAGGAUGCUUCCCGGAGCCGCAGACCUGGCAGCCCAGUGUUUAAGAUCCGGCCGCUGGAGGUGAACCUGAGGCCGGGCCAGACUGUGGACAUGGUACUGGAAGGCUGCUCCAGAACUGCCCAGGAGGUGAAGGAGAAGCUGCUGUGUUAUGGUGCCGUGGGAAAAGAGAGAGGAAGGAAAGAGAUGAUGCAAGUGGAUAUCACCUGCAACUUCAUUUGCCCUGCUGUGCAAAUAUCUUCCAGAGCAAUCACCUUCCGUGUAGAAAAGAAACCCAGUGAUGUUCUGACGCUGCAGUACCAGCCUUUGUCUUUAAAAAACAUCUGCUCACUGCCAUUCACCAUUGUGCUGGAUUUGGAGCAGCCAUUCCAAAUCUGCAAUGUGGACAAGCAGCCCCUCCCUGCAGAUUCCAAGCCCAUGAUGCUGGGUGUAGGCGAGGAACUUCAUCUCUGCAUUCAGUUUAACCCAGCUUAUGAGAAGGGUUUGAACAGCCGGGUGGCAGAGAGGGUGCUCAGGAUGAGCUUCAUGGAGCAUCCUCAUAAGGAGAAGAUCACUGUUCGGGGAGAAGUCUACUUCCCAAAUCUCCAUCUUGAGUUCGAGGCCGUGGACUUUGGCUGCAUCAUAAAUCACACGGAACAAGAACUGCAUAUGGAGAUGACCAACUGCAGCCCAAUUCCUGCUCAGUACCACUGGUCAUUCCUGAUAGACCGCCAGGUGAACACCAUAAGGUUCAAGCCUUCACCACCUGAAGUCCAAUGCAAGUCAUCAAAGAAGAAGGGAGAGUUUCAAAGGAGACACUCCAAGACUGAAAGUGUGGAGGAGCCCACCAAAACCACCAAACCAAUACAGAACUCUUCCCAGCAGCCAGCAGAUGCAGAGGACUCCCUGGAAGCAGAGGCACUGUCAUCCACUGCUGUGAAGCCUCGGAGGCCGGUGAGGAAGAGGGGAUUGGGCCGAGUCCCAAAGGUGAAGCAGCCCAACCCUCGCAUGCAGGAGGUUUUUGAUGUCCACCCACUGUGGGGUGAGCUGCAGCCGGGAGAGAGCCAGGAGGUCACCUUUACCUUCUUUGGGCACCCCAAUAUCGUCGCCCGUGUCACAGCGUUGUGCCACGUGGAGGGAGGCCCCACCUAUGAGGUGGUGGUGACCGGGGAGGCUUCACCCCUAGCUACCAACUGGAUGUGGAAGAAAUGGACUGAGCACUGCAGUGUUCCUGCCGACCCUGUGAAUUCAGAUGAGGAUUAGGAAAUGGAAUCAUUCAUAUAUUCUUCAGAAGACAAAGCUUGACAACUUCAGUCCUGAAAUUCUUUCUGAAACUGGGAAGCUCUUCAUGAAUAAGUUUUUUUAUGCUAAGCUGUUUUAGUUUAUAUUUAGUUUAUAUUUAGUUUAUAUUUAGUUUAUAUUUGCACUGAAAUGGUUUUUCCCUGGGCCGCCCUGUAGUCUGUCACAUCAUUUAACCAUUCCCCUGUCCCCUUUUCCCCCUGGAAAAGACCAAGGAGGCUUUUCUUUCCAGGAUAAUCUGAGGAGAAACCCCGGACUGUGACAGGCGGCGACCUCUUUUAUGGUCAGAGAUCACUCACCUGCACAGUAAAGGGUGGUCUGUGAGUUCUUAUUUUGCAGUCAGG